AGAUAUAUCGACCGAUACUAGAGCAUUUACCUAUCGGUCGCGUGUUGGUCGAGUAUUGACCGAUGUAAAGUAUCGGUGAAGCAUCGGUGAAAUAUCGGUGAAGCAUCGGUGAAGCGUCGGCGAAGUGUCGGUCAAGUAUCAGUGAAGUAUCGAUGAACCGCCAAGUAUAUUGACCGAUAGAAGUACUGUACUCGAUCGAGUAUCGACCGAUACUCGGCCGAGCAUCGACCGAUCUAUCGACCGAUCUAUCGGUCGAGGACUUAGUCACAGGAUGGCAACUGGAAGUUCCAGCGUAGCAGUUGCUUUGAUGCCAUAUCCUUAUCAGGUGGCUGGACAUGCCGCUCAAGGCCCAUUGAAACUGACUGAUGAUGGCUGUGUCCUUAAACCAAUACAGAGACCUCCAAAGGGGAUGAGAGAGGUUGUUUUCUAUGAUACAGUAUUCAAUAAAAGUGAAAAACGAGACGAGAUAUUGCAGCUAAGAAGACUUUUGCCUUACUAUCAUGGGAUUGUGGAAAUAGAUACAUCAAAGUAUUUAAAACUGGAGAACAUAACAAACAAGUUUCAAUUGCCAUGUGUCAUGGACAUUAAGAUGGGAAGAGUGACAUGGGAUGACCAUGCAGAUGAAACAUUUAGGGAAAGAAGAAGAAAAAAAUGGCCACUGAAGGAAGUCACAGGUUUCAGCAUUCUCGGAUUUAUGGUUUACAACCACCAAACUUGUUGCCAUGAACACUUCAAUGAUGAAUGGUGCCGGAAGUUGUUUACAGUACAGGAUGCUGAAAAAUGUUUUCAUCAGUUUUUAGGAAGUAUACAGUUGGAGAUGACAUUUGAUAUCUUGGGGCAGCUACUUGCAAACCUUGUGGAUAUUAAAGAGUGGUUCACAACUCAAAGACUCUUCAGAUUUAUUGCAAGCUCCAUCCUAAUUGUAUAUGAAGCUAACAGCUCAAAGAAGUUUGGAAAACACCAGAAUUCCCACCAACAGUCUGAAACAGUGGAAAACAUGCACCAGCUUUCCCCGAAAAACCUAUUAGUUGAUGCAAAAAUAAUCGACACUGCCCAUGUAUUUCCAUCAACAGAUUUUGAUAGUAAUUAUUUGUUUGGCCUGGAGAAUCUAAUUUCAAUACUUGAGAAAUGUAAAGAAAAAUAUGCUGUCAAAUAAAAUUAAACUCAGGUUGGGUGAAGCUGUUCAAUCAAGAAUGGUAGUUGAACAGUCCUCGACAAGAAAAUCACACAAACUUUUUAUGUUAAACUCGCUUUGAUUGCAUCUUCAAUGUACACAGGUUAUUUUCGCUUUACAGAUAUUUCUUUGGACACAAAGACCCAUCACAGCAUUAUCACAGCAGUUUCGGUAUUUUAAUAAUCUAACCACAGUCUUUCUUGAUGAUCACUUUUUCUGCAUGUUGAAGUUUUCUCUUGCUAACAAAGGUACAUUUUUCACGUGACGACCAGCGACUCCAACCAGUUUGCGUCAAGAUAUUAAUUUAAUUUAAACGGCGGGAGGUCCGUGGGGAAAAAUCUGUGCCCGGGACCUUGCACAAGUUUGGACCCCUGUAUUUCGAAGCGAAGUACCUUACACUGAAAUAUGACCGCCUCCAAGGAAUCUCGUUUUCGUCAUUUCUUGGAAGACACAUAGAGAAGAUGAACGCUGUGAUUAGUAAUCAAGUUCGGUUGUUGAAUUCUUUUGUAUUUUGGUGUUAUCUUUUUUCCGGCGAUUUCGGCAAAAUGGCGGUGCUAACCUAACCUCAUCCCAUCAGACUAGGUUUGAUGCUAACGAUUAAAUGAAUGUAACUGGGGAAAUUACAAUUCAUCGACCCAACGUUCUAGAGCCUUCAUCAGAGGUCCUCGUACAUGCGCACUAAUAUUAGCUGCCCUUAUACUCGAGAUCACACUUAUUGCGUGUAUAAACCAACGCUAUUUAUAGUAUUCCGUGCAGUGCGACCACGAGUAUAUCGGACAGAACAUACGUCAGUUUGGUACACGUUUGAAAGAGCACCAAAAAGCGGUCUUCCUUUGCUAAAAAGAAAAUUCAGCUUUGUUGGAGCACACAUGCCUAACUAACCAUGGGAUAAUUUCGGAUUGUCGACCUGGUUGCUUUGUGAGCCUUGGCCCCAUCCCGUUAACACGAUUACAGGCUCAUGUCGCAAAGGUGACUGUUUUGACGGAAUGUUACUGCAUUACUUCAGUCUAUUCCAAGAGACAUACUUGAUUUGGAUCAGGAUUAGAAUACAAGAAUUUCCAGAGAAAGAUCCCAACAGUAGUGCAUGCUGGCCACAUCCAUCUCAGGUGGCUAG